CAUUCUGCAGUGUAAGUGACCUUCAGAAUACAUUUCAUUUGCUCCCCUUCACACCCCUCUGAUGAAACCCUUUUUUCUUCAGUUAGAUCGUAGUUUAUUUAUGUAGCCCCUGCCCCCUUUAAAAAAAAAAAAACAGACAGCCGUGGCAUAUUAAAAAGAUAAAAGAGGGACUGUCAAAGUGUGUGGCUAACACGGAGAGGAGAACAAGUGUGUGUGUAGAGGAGCGCAGUGUAAUGUGUGAAAGAGGGGGCUGAAUGAGCAUGUGUUAAUGUGUGUGUGUGUGUGUGUGUGUGUUAAAGAGGUAGAGAGACACUAACAGGCCCAUGCAUACUGCAGCCUCAGCUGGAUGCAGUGGAUCAGCUGCUCCCUCCAUCCCCAUCUCAUGUAGCUUCUGUUCCCCCCCCACUGUCUGCCCCACCCCCCUAUUCUCUCUGCCUCUCCUCCCUCUCUCUGUGCACCUCUAGCUUUCGAUAGCGGUAGUCUUGAGCAUCCUUUGCUGCUGCUGCUGCUGAUGCUGCUAUAAAUAUCUGCCGGUAUCCGUAGAGCGGCAGAGAGCAGCAGGCAGGCCAGAGGGAGGAGCGGAGACCAGUGGACGGGACAGAGGGAAGGGAUCUGAGGCAGAGAGGAUAACAAGAUAACAGGCGGAAAAUGAAGCAGGGAGAGAGGAGAGCAGGGGAGAGAGGAGAGCAGGGGAGCUGCUUCGAUAGCUGUCAGAUAGAGGAGGAGUGUGUGUUUACUGCGUUCUGUGGAUUGAUUAUCGGCUGGACUUGGAAGUCAUAUUUAGUUGGUUUUCGGACUACAUCCAAACAGCUACUGGGUUCAGCUGAGGAGACACCAGGACUCAACCUUGGAGACCAAAGGUGGACUUUUAUUCCCGGGCCUAUAAGAUCCAGACUUUGCGUGCACCGGGGCCCAAACUGAACCCUACCGGUGCUUCAGUUUCCAGCUGACAUGUGGGCCGGGGCGGGGCUGAGAUGUCAUGCUCCUGUGUUGCUGGUGGUGCCUGAGGCCUGAGGCGGUGGAGCUGGAGAGCCGGAGGGUGGACCACCGUGUGCUGAACUGCGAGGCCAGCGCCUCCACCGCCAUCACUGCUGUGUCCCUAGACCAGUGGGAGCCAGAAACCACCAACAAGCCCCCCCAGAGUGUGAAGAAUUCAAGCUAUAGUCUACCAUCCUACCACCCAUACAGCAACAGCUAUGACUACACAGACCAGAGCCGGCAGAGUGAGCGCUCAGGCCUCUGUGGACUCUCCAACUUGGGCAACACCUGCUUCAUGAACUCUGCUGUGCAGUGUUUAAGCAAUAUCCCUCCACUGACGGAGUACUUCCUUAAGGACAAGUUCACAGAGGAGCUGAACGAGGGCAACCCACUGGGCAUGAAGGGAGAGAUUGCCAAAGCCUACGCCGAGCUUAUCAAGCAGCUGUGGUCGGGUAAAUUCAGCUACGUCACCCCGAGGCCUUUCAAGACCCAGGUGGGCCACUUCGCCCCGCAGUUCUCGGGCUACCAACAGCAGGACUCUCACGAGCUUCUGGCCUUCCUGCUGGACGGCCUCCACGAAGACUUGAACCGCAUCAGGAAGAAGCCCUACAUCCAGCUAAAGGACGCUAAUGGCAGGUCUGAUAAGGUGGUGGCGGAGGAGGCAUGGGAGAACCACAUCAAGAGAAACAACUCCAUCAUUGUGGACAUCUUCCACGGCCUCUUCAAAUCCACCCUGGUGUGUCCUGUGUGCUCCAAGGUCUCUGUGACCUUUGACCCUUUCUGCUACUUGACGCUGCCUCUGCCCAUGAGGAAGGAGCGGACACUGGAGGUCUAUCUGGUCAGACUGGACCCUCUGGCCAAACCCACACAGUACAAGCUGACUGUACCGAAGGUGGGCUCCAUCUCUGACCUGUGCAUCUCGCUUUCAAACCUGACGGAGGUGCCUGCUGAGAAGAUGAUUGUAACUGACAUCUACAACCACCGUUUCCAUCGGAUCUUUGCCACCAACGAGAACCUCAGCAGCAUCAUGGAAAGAGACGAUAUCUAUGUAUUCGAGUUGGCUGUGAACCGGGUGGAGGACACGGACCACGUGGUGAUCCCUGUUCACCUGAGGGAGAAGUUCAAACAGUCGGGCUACAACCACACCAGCACGCCGCUGUUCGGACAGCCCUUCCUGCUCGCCGUCCCCAGGACCCUCAGUGAGGACAAACUGUACAACAUGCUGCUGCUGCGCCUCUGCCGAUUUGUGCGAUCUUCAGUAGAGGAGGAAGAGGAGGAUUGUGAGGAGACGCAGCCGUCAAAACAACACGCUGUCAACGGCAAUACCACUAACGGAGUUCUGGAGGAGGGGUCGCCCAGCGAGAUGGAGACCGACGAGCAGGACGACGAGUCGAGUCAGGAUCAGGAGCUGCCCUCCGAGAACGACAACAGCCAAUCAGAGGACUCGGUGGACAACGAGCUGGAGAACGGCGUGGUCGCUCCGCCAAACUCCACCAAGGCCCAGCAGACGGCGGGGAACAACAGGAAGAGACUAUUCACAUUCCAGUUCAACAACAUGGGAAAAACAGACUUCUCCCUCAUCAAGGAGGACACCCGGCAGAUCCGCUUCGACGAGGGACACCUCCGACUCAGCGACCGCUCUUAUCUCUCCUUGGACUGGGAUCCAGAGAUGAGGAAGAAGUACUUUGACGAGAGCGUCGUCGAGGACUUUGAAAAGCACGAGAGCAUGGAGUACAAACCUCAGAAGAAGGCUUACUUCAAGCUGAAGGACUGCAUCGAACUUUUCACCACCAAGGAGAAACUGGGAGCAGAGGACCCAUGGUACUGUCCGGACUGUAAAGAGCACCAGCAGGCCACCAAGAAGCUGGACCUGUGGAGUCUGCCCCCGGUGCUGGUGGUCCAUCUGAAGCGCUUCUCCUACAGCCGCUACAUGAGGGACAAGCUGGACUCCUUGGUGGAUUUUCCACUCAAGUACGCACACAACAGAGACCUGGACAUGUCAGAGUUCCUGAUCAACCCCAACUCUGGGCCCUGUCUCUACGACCUCAUCGCUGUGUCCAACCACUACGGAGGGAUGGGGGGAGGGCACUACACGGCUUACGGCAAGAACAAAGACGACGAGAAGUGGUACAACUUCGACGACAGCAGCGUGUCUCCUGCCAGCGAAGAUCAAAUAGUGUCCAAAGCAGGCUAUGUGCUGUUCUACCAGCGGCAGGACACGGUGAAGGGCACCGGCUACUUCUCUCUUGACCGCGAGGCAGACGAGGAGGAGGAGGAGGAGGGGGAGGAGGAGGAGGUAAACAAGGAAGAGGAGGAGGUAAACAAGGAAGAGGAGGAGGAGGAGGAGGAAGGAGAAGAUGAGGAGGAGAAGGAAGGCGAGGAGAGAAAGGCCACCUCUUCCUCUCAGGUUGCCUCGUCCUCUCAGGUUGCCUUGUCCUCUGCAUCUGCAUCUGCCUCUGCAUCUGCCUCUGCAUCUGCCUCUGCAUCUGCCUCUGCAUCUGCCUCUGCAUCUGCCUCUGCUACUGCCCCUCAGAGCGAGGAGGAGGACCUGAACGAGAACCGCCGCAGGAAGAACGAUAACGAGCAGGGAAAUGGUGAGGAGGAGGAGGAGAAGAAGUCGGCACCAAAUCGAGACGUCACCAUGAAAACCAACUGAGGCAAACGAGGGACAAAAAUAAACGGAGAGAGAGACUAGGAUCUUUCCAUCCAAAGCCAUAUGGACACAGCAUGGCAGCGGGCGCCACCAGCGGCUCAGACUCCGCCCCCUCCACAGACGGGGGGUGGGGCAGCUGUUCGGUCAGGGAGCUGCCGGGUUACGCAACUCUUAAGAAAUCAGGGCCCUCCUCUGUGGUCAGAUCACUGUGUGUGUGUGUGUGUGUGUAAAGUGUGUGUGAGUGUGACGCCACGUCCAUUCGUUUAAGGGUUAGCAGAAUAAGAGUCACUGAGCGACAUGAGGGACGGACUCUUAAUCUGCUUUUUGUGUUAUUUUUAUAUCAUUUUUUUGAGAGCAAUGCAUUGUUGGCAUAUCAUUUUAUUAUCAUUUAGAUCAUGUAAAUAUUUUAAACACUGAAUUAUAUCGGGGUUUUUCACGAUGCGCUGACACGUUUUGAACUUGCACAAUCACCAACCAUCCACGUUCCUUUUCUUUUUACACAUGUUAUCGCCAGACACUGCAGCUGUUUAACAACAACGCUGACUCUCAGAGGGUUUUCUCACAGGAUCAUCUGCCUUCAGUGAGCCGGAGGUGAGCCGCGUGGACAGCGUAGACUUUAGCAACAUCGUUGUUUUUUUAAACGUGUCGAACAGCCAAACUUUGUGCUGCUACUGCUGUGCAUUUUAACACAGGUUACUUCUGCGUCGGCAUGAACUUAAGCCAAUUAAGGUCCUGCUUUUGUCUCCUUUAUAUAAUAAUGACAAGUUAUCCAAGACAGAUUCAGAUGUUUGCACAUUUUACCUGCGAAUAUGAAUCAGUAACAUACUGUCUCACUCUGUCUUAAUCACACCAAGUCUCCGCUUCUAUUCUCCCGCUUGAAUUCAUCCCCAGGUGUUGCUUUGAAGCUUCACCACGCCUCUGCUCUCUUCAUCUCGGAGGCGCUGUGAGAUUAGGAAACAUCAGAUGGAUCAUCUCUUGUUGGGAUCACCUCGGCCUUAACUCUUAAUCUCAGCCUUUUCCUUUGCACAUCACCAUCCCCUCACACACCAACACUCGAAUGUCCGCUCCAUAACGUCAUCUCACGCUGCUUCUUGACACCCACAAGAGGGCCAGAAUGUAUGCUGAAUGAAAUAAUGAAAUGACCCGAUGUAAUGCAUUUGAUGCCUUUUUGAGUAUCUACAGGGCCAGAUUUGUCAUUUUUCUCCCUCUCUUGGUUUGGUUGAAUGUGAUCGCCUUUGAUAUUAGCUGUAUGAAAUCAUGGGCUCUGCUGAAUGCGUCCCUUUGCAGAGGGGGACACAAUGCUUCUCUGUGGUCCUGAGCUUUGAGGGAGAAAGGGAGGGGGACAAAUCUGAAAUCUGUGGGGUGAGUCUGCCUAAAAGGCCUCUGAGCUUCCGUGAUCGGUAAAGGCGGGAUAUUCCUCCAUCGAUGUGAUAAACUAUUCUCCAUGGUGGAGUGUUUUCUUUUUGUCGCUCCAGUGUAAACGCCUGCUGUCGCCGCAGAAUAUCAGACGGGUAGGCUACCAGGCCUUUCUGAGCAUCUCCGUGCUUUUUGGACGACUCACCCCCCCAAUCCCAUCCUGACUGUGAGAUUUGAUCGCUAUUAUACAAUACUGUACAUAAGAGUUCACUCUGUGAGUGCACAUUUGAUAAAGUUUAUUUAUUUAUAUGUAAGCAUUUAAUAAUAAACAGACAAUAUAUCUAAAGCCUCGGAAAGACCUGAACUGUCGUUGGGGAACCGUGGCUCGUGUGUGUCCUCGCAUACACACCAGUUUGCAAAGUCUAGCCUGUGCUCUCGUCAGGGAGGGGAUAUUUUUAAGAAAAAGGAUGGUUCUGUUAUGGGACUGUUUUUUUGUAUGAAAAAGUAUCCAGACAUCUUUGCAUGACGACAUAAUGGGGUUUCCAGGUUUGGCUGCACUUGAGUUCACUUGGGUUUACAUUUGAAAUGUGCAUGUGUAUUUAUACACAAUCUUCAAUAAAGUUGUGUAAAGCUUCA